AGUCAAGCUCCCUCCAAAGAGGCUCAAAUGGAAUAUUCUAUGGGCAAGUAGACAUCACCUCACCUCUGCUGAGGUGGGAGCUAGUAGCUCCUCCCUGUUAAAUGUUCAUCUCAAUGUCUUUUCUCCAAGUGACUUUUAGAGUAAAAGAGCUGUCAGUUUGAACAGAUGAGACAGGAGUCUCCUUCACUUGCUUUGGUUGCUGCUGCUGGCUCAGGGUCGGGAGACCAGACAGCAUACGAGAUACUCUCAUCAGAACAAAGGUCCCAGCAUUGAUCAGUCAAGCCACAGACUCUGGCAGCUGAUUGAACAGCUGGAGCCAGAGUCCACUUGAAUUGUUCACACUCUUAGAAGUCAAGUUCAGACUUGAGCCGCCUGAGGUUCCUUUUAACGCAGAUUUGUCACAGCAGGCAGCUGACAGGAUUUACCUGCAAGAACCAGAAACAUGCACUGUGCCAUCCAAAAGGCAGAAGUGGUGGAUGGGGCUCACUUGUUGCAGAUCUUCUGGCAUGACGGUGCAGAGUCUCUCUACCCUGCUGUAUGGCUGAGAGACAAUUGCCAGUGCCCCGAUUGCUACCUGGAUUCUGCAAAAGCACGGAAACUUCUCAUCGAAGCUCUUGAUGUGAACAUUGGUAUUAAAGGCUUGACGUUUGACAGAAAAAAGGUUUAUAUCACGUGGCCCAAUGAGCAUUACAGUGAAUUUGAAGCUGACUGGCUGAAGAAAAGAUGCUUUUCACAGCAGGCCAGAGAAAAACUCCAAAGAGAAUUAUUUUUGCCAGAAUGUCAGUACUGGGGCUCAGAGCUCCAGCUACCUACACUGGAUUUUGAAGAUGUUUUAAAAAAUGAUGAACAUGCAUACAAGUGGCUCUCCAGCCUCAAGAAAGUAGGCAUAGUACGACUCACAGGAGCAUCUGACAAACGAGGAGAAGUUUUAAAACUUGGGAAAAGGAUUGGUUUCCUUUACCUUACAUUUUAUGGACAUACUUGGCAAGUGCAAGACAAAAUUGACGCAAACAAUGUGGCUUACACAACCGGGAAGCUAAGCUUUCACACUGAUUAUCCAGCCCUCCAUCAUCCACCUGGGGUUCAGCUUCUGCACUGCAUAAAACAAACAGUCACAGGGGGUGAUUCAGAAAUUGUAGAUGGGUUUAAUGUAUGCCGAAAGCUCAAGGAAAAAAAUCCUCGAGCAUUCCAGAUUUUGUCUUCCACUUUCGUGGACUUUACAGACAUUGGAGUGGAUUACUGUGAUUUCUCUGUACAAUCCAAACACAAGAUUAUAGAAUUAGAUGAUAAAGACCAAGUGAUCCGCAUCAACUUCAAUAACGCAACCAGAGACACUGUAUUUGAUGUACCUGUUGAAAGAGUUCAGCCUUUUUAUGCUGCUCUGAAGGAGUUUGUUGACCUCAUGAACUGUAAAGAAUACAAGGUUACUUUCAAGAUGAAUCCAGGUGAUGUGAUUACUUUUGAUAACUGGCGCUUACUUCAUGGCCGACGUAGCUAUGAAGCAGGAACUGAGAUAUCCCGCCAUCUGGAAGGAGCUUAUGCCGACUGGGAUGUAGUAAUGUCAAGGCUUCGUAUCUUAAGGCAGUGUAUCCAGAACACAAACUGAAUCUCCUGUCUACAAUUUCAGUAAGAUUCCAAUGAGCGUAUUUUGUAAGAUAUGGCAAGGUUGUCUUCACAGACUAUGAUCUAUGUCAUUUACAUAUUAAUUUCUUUCAUGAACAUGCCCUCUUUAUCAGAAGGGUUUUCCUUUUCUCAUAAUCAUAUACAAUGCCAACAUUUUAGAUGUUUUAGCAGUGUUUUUUUCCUUUCCAAAUAAAGCAUUUCUUCUGCUCUAUUGCA